AUGAACAUUUAUUCCGUUCGUGUUGAAGAUUUGAGACAUAACCAAAUAAAAAACUAUGAAGAUGGUGCUUUCUUAUUCCUCCCCAGCAUAAGUCGCAUCUACCUCAAAGGCAAUAAGGAUUUGAUGUGUGGAUGUCACCUGCCAGCCUUGGUGAAAUAUAUGAGAAAUAACUAUAACAGAACUGUGAAUGUCAGUGGCGAGUGUCAGUCAGAUCUCGGCAAAAGAAUACCAAUACCGAAAUAUUCGCAAUGUACAAAUUACUCGUUGUUUCAACGGAAUUUACAGUGUCAGACAUGUUCAGGGAUGAUGUGCAAUCAUUCAGGAGUGACAAACUGUCCAGGAGCAGAGCCUGUUUGUCGGUUGACUUUAUCAAUGAAAGGUGUUACACUGAGGUUUGAAAGGUCCUGCAGCACAUACAGAAAAUGUGUGGAAGCUAUGAGAAACAAUAGCCACAGAUGCAAGAAAUGGACCGAUGGCACUUCCUGUACUGGUUGUUGCGUCGGAAACUUGUGUAACAAGAAUGACUUCAUGGUAUACGCAUUAGCAUUUCGUUAA